AUGAAAUUUUACAGCCUUUUUGCAAUUUUGUAUUGUAUUAAUGCUGCAAUUAAUUAUCCGACAGCAUGUGAUUGCAAUGAACAUGAUACAUAAGAAUCCUGUGAAGCACAUAAAUGUUUUUGGAGCUAAAAUAAAUGUAGAGUAUCUGAAUGCAACGAGAGAUCCUUAGAUAAUUGCAUAAAGGCUUCAUAAUUUUUAAGCUAGAAUCCAAAAUACUGUUAUGUUAAGAAUGGCAAUUGUGUAGAAUUAAAUAAUUGUGAAUAAUUGUAAAUAGUCGACACUCCUUAAAUUGCAAGGGAGAAAUGUUAGUUAUUCUAGUGCGCCUAUGAUUUAGUAAGUGGAUAUUGCUUCAAAGCAGAAAAAUGUGAUCAAAUUUAUGAUAAGGAGACUUGUAAUAGAUACGUCAUAGGGUAGAGUCACCCCCUUACUUUAGAAUCAUUCUGCUAUUGGGAUGGCACUUGCAAAGAAAGAAAAUCGUUGAUAUAAAACUGUGAAUCAAUAAAAGAAUAAGAAGUCUGUGAACAAGCUGGGUGUAGAUAUCAUAAUAAGGUUUGUUCAUAAAUAGAUUGCGAUGAUCUCAGCAUUAAAGAAUGUGAUGGAGAAUAUGUAAACAAUUAAGGAAAUACAUUUAUAUGUUAAACAAUUGAUUAAAAAUGCUAGAAAAUAGAAACCUAAACUCUCAAUAAAACAGUUUGCAAUAAAUUGAUUGGACACACGUUUGUUAAUAACAAAUGUAGUAAAUGUAGCUCGUAUGCAUAGCAUUCUAAAUAAUGAUUAACACUUUUGCACAUUAUUAUCAAG